AUGGUCUUGAUCGAGUCCAAACUGAGGAAACUCAACUCGAUCGAGCUGAGGGUCGAGUUGACCUGGAGGAGCCCCUGUUUGAGAACCGGAUUCGAGUACGAUCCCACGCCUUACCAGGAGACUUCUCCCAGACCACUGGACCCCUACAACCGUUCGAGCAAGCCAGCUCCACCAAGGCCAAGGAAGCCACACCACUUGAAGAUGAAGAAGAAGAAGAGGAGCCACAAGCUCGAUCGAGUGAGGCGACCCAGUCGAGUGGAGUGCUCCUGA